AUGGAUUCGUCAUCAGCUGGCACGAAUGGCCUUGCAGGGGGUGGUGCUGCCAGCGCGUUGGCUGGUGUAAAAAAACGGACGAAAGUCGUUUUUCUCAACCCUGUUGAGAUCGCAAAUUGGGACCAAAUCAAAGAAAACUCCAAACAAAAUGUGAUCGGUCAGAACGACUUAAUAAAUUAUGAGAAAAUGCUAAAGGAUGAUGAUAGUACCUCAGUAACCGCAAGUAAUUCUGAGGCACGAAGGCAAAGUAAAAGACGUGGACGUCCAAAGGGUAGUAGAAAUGGAGCCCGAAAACGUCCAAUUGACCCAAGCCAGCCGUGGCUAGAGUCAAGUGAUUCAGAUGAGCCUAAUGUAGGCCUUGAAGAUGAGUUAGAUGAUGAUGAAUAUUUUAGAAGACUAGAGGAGGAAAAAAUGCGGGAAGAUGCUGAGGAGGUGUCCAGGAAAAGACGUGAAAUGGAAGCACGAGCUGCUGCACGUGCUAAUGCACAAGGUAGAAGAGGUAGCGCAAAAGUCGACCCGUUAAUGACUCAUCAAUUUCAAACUCCUGUAAAUUCAGAUAGCAAUUUAAGCUGUCAGUCUGGUAGUCAGCGUGAGUUCAGCAAUCGAAACAAAAAACAAAGGAAUUAUGCUGCUUUAGCAGGAUUUAGAGAGGUUAGUGAUAGCGAUGAUCUCAGUGAACUCGAUGACAAAGGUGUGGGUCGAAGUGGCUUUUUACAAGAAAGCGAUUAUCCGAGAUCCUUAGAUGACAUCCAUGAACAGAACGAGGAAGACUAUCAGGAACCAGCGUCACCUUUCCGACAAUCUAUCUUAGAUAUGCUACCACCACCUCCAUCUCCUGUCAUCCCUUCUAAUUCCGAGGAAGACAGAUCCAGUAUUAAGUGUGAAUCUCUCAGUGUUGCUAGCAGUAACGAUUUGAAUGCUCUGCGCACAACGGUUGCUAAUGCCUCUCUUAACGACCCACAUACUCAAAAAAUGCUCGAAAUGGAUCCCAUAGAGCUAAGGUUUCGUUCUCCUCCUCUUAUUUUACCAUCAUCAGCGAAUGAUCUUGUGUGUCCUCGUGAGUAUAUUCUCGAUGUCUUAUCUAUAUAUGAAGUACUUCGGCGUUAUGGUUCUUUGCUACGGUUGUCUCCAUUCAGGUUGGAAGACUUUGCAGCUUCUCUUAUAUCUGAUGAAAAUUCCAACUUACUUGCCGAAGCUCAUAUGGUUCUCCUCAAGGCUCUGUUACGCGAAGAUGAAGCUAAUGGAACUGCAAUGUGUCCUGUUGAUUGCAGAGAUUCAGUAAACAUGACGUUUUACUUGCUAGAUCGGUUCACAUGGCCGUACCUACUAGCCAAUUAUUUGUCUAGUAUUAAAUCUACUGAGGCAGCUGCUCGUUUGUCUGCUGCCAAUACAACGACAGCUACUGGUUCAAUUGGUGGUCCCACUGGAUCAGGUGGAGCGGAUAUAGUGCUUACUGCUUCCUUGUUUCCUCCAGAUCUGAUUCCCUUGAAUCCAGACUAUCCAUUCGUGCCAAUCAAAUCACGCAUCGCUGUUUUGCGUGGUCUUACGAGCUUGUUCCUGGCAACUGGUUCAGUCAGAGGUGAUAUACUUCGGGAGGGUUUAAUGACACACGAAGAUUAUUGUCGUGUUUGUCACCAAAGUGGAGAGGUCUUGUGUUGUGACGGAUGCACGGCUGUAUUUCAUCUACAUUGUUUAAAUCCUCCACUAUCCUCUGUACCAACGACUAGUUGGAUUUGUCCAGUCUGUAUUCGUAAAAGAACUCCAGGUGUAACAGAUUGCCUAUCAGAAGCAGAAAAGAGUGGAGUUGCACAUUAUCAAGAACCGAUUGGGAAAGAUCGAGCGGGUCGUUUGUAUUGGUACAUAAGUCGACGUCUAAUUAUUGAACCGGUUGACUUUAGUCAAUGUGAACCACAAUUGAUGGGAUUUCACGAUGGGGUUGUUGAUCGUUCAUGGGAGAUGGAAUAUGGUCGUGAAUUAAUGGAAGAUGAUCCAGAAAUAAAAGAUGAUGAGGAUGAUAUCGACGACAAUAAUAAUGAUGAUAAUAAUAAUGUUAAUAGCGCAACUGACUCUGCCAAUAACGAUUCUCUCAAUUCAACUUCAAAAGUAUCCUAUUGUGAUAGUAGUCAACCUAUGCCAACGUUAAAUAAUAAACAAAAGAACUGUAAAAAAUAUCAGUGUAAUCCAUCAAUUUCAUAUGCUAAUGAACCAUGCGUUUAUUAUUAUUCAUCCAUUGAACAAGUAAUGUAUAUUCGUGAAUUACUAUCAACUGAAUGGGAACCAUGGCUUUGUUAUCGUUUAGAUGCCUUAUUGCCUAGAAUGCGUAAUGAAAUGGCCAUUACACAGAAACUGACUGAAUCUGGUUUCCUAGAUUUUUGUUCAUCAAGACCAAAUCAUAAAUCAGUUUCACUUAAUAAUGGUGAUUCAAAUCAAAGUUUCAACUUGACAGCUGAUAGUCCAGACACAGUGUAUGUUUUUUCAGUAUUGGAAGUUGAACGAGUUUCUUUUAAAAAGUCUACUAUAUCGAUGAAAAGUCAUGGUGAAACAUCAGAUUAUCCUAAAACGAGACUUGCUAUCGCAGCUUCUAGUCUACCAUCAGCGGAUGUACCUGUCUUUCCAACUUUACCAAAACAAUUACCGGCUCUUUUGAAUAAACAGCUUUCGGAUCUUUCUGCUUCUCUGAUUGUUACAGACGAGAAUAGUUGUAUUGUGGGUAAUGGAGAUCAAGUUAUUACUCAUAUGGUAAAAGAAACUUCUGAUGAUGACGUCGCAACUUAUCCACCGACAAUAUUAGAACCUCAAGAAAUAUCUACCUUACAUAUGCUGAUCGAUCCAGAUUGGUUACCGAAUUCCAAUGAAUGUUGUUUACUAGCCUAUCGUUUUUCAGAUGAAGGAAAUUGGCGAUCAUGGACAAAUUUAUAUACGUCUGGAGUCUGGACUGGAGAAGAGUGUACCACCAUGCCGGAUAGUCACCGAAAUGAUGAUUUAAGUGAACUUAAAAGAACACCAAGUGGUACAAGGAAUUCAAAUGCUGUGAAUAAUAAUAAUAACGGUAAUAACAGUACUGCCAAUGCAGAUGAUCUAAUAUCAGAUAGUGUAAAUAUUGCUUUGACACGUGCACAGCAUAUGGAAGAAAAAGAACGUCGACGAUUAUUAUCGAAUAAAUUUAAUGUAAGUGAAUUAUGUGCAGAUAUGUGGGAGUAUAUCGAUCCGGUAGAAUUAUCUAAUAAUUACAAACUCGUCAGAGAUAUGAUGGCAAGUGUUAUUGAAUUACCUCAACUCAGUGAUUUUGAUUUUACUCGAUAUGAAUGUUGGCCGGCUAGUCCACACCAACUGUUGAAUUUAUUACGAUUAACACUUUGUUAUUUCGAGUCAAAAAUUCCACUAGCAUUUUACACUCCAGCAUGGCGAGCUCAUCGUACAAAUUGGAUUAAGGAUGUUUUACAUUCUAAGUCUCCAUCUGAAUUAGCAUUUUUGUUGGCCAGAUUAGAAGCAUCCAUUCGUUCUGUAUGUUUUCAACGUGUCUGGUUCAAUUCGCUUGGUCAUUUAACUCUGGAACGUAUGACAGCUUCUCAAAGGGAAGAAGAUAAGCGUUUACGACAAUUUGAUCGUUUUAGUUCAACAGUUAGUGGUGGUAUUGGUAGUAGUAAUAUAAAUCCAGCUAAUCUACCAACAAAUCUUAUACGUACAAAAACUCCUCGUCCAGUCAGACAUACUGUUUGGAAGACUCGUGGUGAAGAAUAUCGUCGUUUAGGUGGCGAUGGUUGGAUGUGGCUAAGUGCAACUCGUAGUAAUGCUGGUCGAAUGGCUGAACAUGCUGUACUUAUCCACCCUCCAAUAUCCUCUGGUCGUCAGUUGGAACUAACUGUUACUUCAUCGGGUAAUCGUUUAUUGCUUCGUCGAGGUAAUCCACGCGGUCUUCAACACGGUAUUGGGUGGGGUGUUUGUCCUGAGUAUUUACAAGAUCAAAUGCCUGUUAAACCACCAAAAGCAAGCGAAUGUCGUGGACAUGUACUACAUCCAAUUACCGGUAUUCCACUGUAUUUAAAUCCUAAACGAAAUCCUUAUAUUAUUCCAUCUGAUGAAUUAUGUAGUCUAAAUGAACAGAUAUUGAAAUCUUCAACAAACAAUGUUCAAAUGAAUUCAUCUCAUGUUGAUGAUGCUAAAAAGAAGGAUCCAGACUCUGAUAAUAUGAUCACUGUAAAUAAAAAUGAAAAUAAUAUGAAUGAAGAUGUAAUGAAUGAUAAUUUUGAGAAAAAUAAAAUCGAUCAGUUAGAUGGAUUGCGUGGGAAUUGUAAUGCAUCAGAAAUCAAAAUAGAACAGAAAAAAGAUUCACUUUCAGGUCAGACAUCAUCUAUCAAUAAUAAUACAAAUGACAGUAAAAUAAUUAAUGAUGACAAUAAGAAUCCAGUGUUAAAUAUUUCUUAUUGCAUUUCCAAUCGAAUUCAUUUCCCUCCACCGAUUGAUAAGGAGCACAGUUAUCCCUCCUCUUCAUCAUCGUUAUCGUCGAGUAAACGACUACGUUUCCGUAUUGAUAACUUACUAGAGCAUCGAUAUAUAGCCGCUGAGAACGAUAAAAAAGCUAGUUUGGCUGCAUUGAAUGCGGUUAGUAAAUUAGAAGCAGAAAUUGAAAACCUGGAAAAACGUCAUAAUGAAGUGGUACAACGUUUGACCACAUUAGGCACGGAAGCGCAACAAGCGCGUACAGCUAAAGCACAAGCUGUAAAAGCUAAACAAACUGCUCUCCUAAUUAAACCAUCACAACCAUCAACAUUAGCGGUAGGUGGUGUUGGUAGUGGUAAUGUUGUGAUGACAAACUCCAGGUUGAUUCAGCUAAAUGAAAAUUCAAAUAAUACUACUAAUACCACUGUUACAACUUUUGGUGGUGGCAAACAAUUGAUACAGCAGUCAGUAUUGACCGAUCAAGGUGUUCGUUACAGAGUACUUGCACCUAGAACCAUUCCUAACAUACAUAUGAAUCAAGUUGCUUUUAAUCCAGUACAAAAGACAGCAUCUACACAUAAUAGUCGUACACCACAACAAACAUAUCGUUCUAAUCAAAAGCGUCGUACCAAUCGAAGUAGUGAUCUGAGUGAAUCAGGCUCUGAUUCUGAUUCAGUUACUGCGAAUACUGGACGAGUCAAUAGUUGGUCGGCCAGAGAAAAUGUACCACUUAGACGUAGUGCUCGAAGAGUAAGAGCUGUACGUCAUGAUCCUGAUUUUGUUGUGGAUUUUGACGAAGAUGACGAUGAAGAUGAUCGGUUAAAUGCAAAAGGUGAUGAUUCUGAUAACUUUGAUCCAAAUGAUGAAAUCCAAGGCAGUUCAAAAAAAUAUUCUAGUCAAAGGCGUUCUCAAGUAUCUAUUCAUCUUAAUGCUAGAUCAACAACUCGAAGUUUACCGCAAUACGAUGGAGUUGGUGAUACAACCGAUGAAGAUGUUGAUGAAUAUGAUGAUGAGGAUGCUGUUGACUAUGAUGAAGAAGAAGAUAUCGUUGAUGAUUAUGAUUAUGUUGAUGAAGAUUGUGAUAAUGAUGAUGAUGAUGACGGUGAGUAUUAUUAUGAUAAUGAAGAAUUAGAAGAAGAUGAAGUGGUGGAGGAGGAUGAAGAUGAUGACGAUGAAUACUUUCCCGUUUUCUCUAGAAAACAUUUUCACACGGAAUCAAAAAAUCCGGAAAAAUCCCCUGGAUUGUCAAAAGUAGCAGCACUCUGUUCAACAAACUCAGCUAAAUCAGAUACUGGUUCUGUUUUACCGAAAGUUGUGAUAUUGAAAAAUAACACCGCACCCUAUGUUUACGGAAAUACUGCUACCACUGUUAAGAAUAAGGAUAACACUAAUCCACGAGUACUUUCAAUUCCUCCUAGUACAACAACAACUGGUCAACGUAUUAUUUUGCCUGCUAAACUGAAGACUCCAACUAAUACAAAUGAAAAAUCAAUAUCUAACAACAAGACAGUAUCAUUAGGGAAUGUUAAGGAAGGUAGUAGUCAAGCUCUUCACCUUCCUCCUAGCCAACCAUCAGUCAAUGUGCCUCAAGGUCUACGUCUAGUAAGAAUUGUACGCAAUGCUGAUGGUGGAACUAAUAUAAUCCCUGUGGCUGCUACAGAUACUAUUUUAUCACCAACAAUAGAACCGUUAAAUGUCAAUCAAACUGUGGAUAAUUCAAUUAUUACUAACACCACCGAUCAAAGUGAUCUUGUACCAUCAUCAUCUACGACUGGAUUGAAUUCCUUCGAUAGCAGUGACAUUCAUUUAGUGUUAAAUUCAUCAAGUACAACUGGUUCUAAUAAUGUUGUUACCAUAUCAAAACCAUCGGUUGUAUUGACAACGGCAACAACGUCAUGUGAAUUGAAGCCUGCUAUUACAAACACUCCUCUUGUAUCUAUCUCCGUUGAGAAUGAAACAUCACAACAACCAAUUACUAUAUCUACAACUAACUUACAACAAUGUGGAAUACAACUUACUGAUUUGAUCACUCCUGCUACUGUAUCCAGUACUACUGUCUCAAUCCCCGCUCUGAUCAAUCAACCAGCGACUGUAAAUAUUGCUACUGUUGGAAAGUUGAAACCUCCAUCGGCUAAUUCGGUUCGCUUUAUAAUUGCACCUACAGUUUGUACUACUGCUACUACAACUAGUGAUAGUAGUGGAUCGACGAAUCCUCCAAGUCAAACGCCUACAAUCACCAUAGUUAAAGCAUCAAAUCAGUCAGAUGUUUCCUCAGAUUCUAACGCAAUCACAUCUGCGGUUACGUCAUCAUUUACACCAAUACUGCCUCGUAAACCACCUCCUGCUAUAUUACGACGUACUUUAGCUGCUGCUGGUAGUGGUGGUCCAUCUUCGACUAGUUUGAUUUUACCAGUUAGUUCAUCGAGUGAUUAUCCACAAAUUGUUGGUACACAGCAAUCUUCAUCUCUUCGAACUCCAUCAGUUGCAAGUCUUGUUGCUACGAAUACAGCCCGACAAUUGGUCUGUGGUGGUUUCAAUCGAUACAUAUCAACUGGACCAUCUAUUCGACCAGUGAUAUCUGAUUCACAAGGAAUGUCAGAUCUACAUCAAGGUAGACGUUCAAUAGCUAAAGCUCAACAUAUUCGUCAUAAUUCAUUAAUAGAUGAAGAUCCUCGUUUCAUAAUGAAUAAUAAGUCGAAAGUUUUAAUUUCUGAUUAUAAAGGUUUAGUUAGACAGUUCGAUAGUGGUUCAACUGCUGCUCGAUUACAAACUCCAAUUGUUGAUGAAGCAACUCUGGCUUUAGAUCAUGCUGUUACAGAAGCCAGUGCUAAAUUAGACGCUAUUAAUGCUCAGAUUGCUUCAGUUCGUUCGGAGGCACAGGAAUUAGAAUCGCAAAUUAAUUCGUUAAAAUCAGAACUAGGAAAAUAUCAAGAGAUUGUCAAUCGUGGUUCACCAGUCAUCAGUUCACCGUAUUCACUAUCACUACGUAACAACGCCGAUUUCGAUUUAAACAACAAAACGUUUGUGAAUAAAUUUUUGCGUAACAAUAACAAGAAAACAACUAAUCAAGCCGACAAAGAUUCUGGCACUACUAUGGAUGCUGUGUUACCACAAAGUUUACCUUAUGUAAAUGAUUAUGCAUGGCCACUUCCAGAUUCUAUGUCGAAAGAUCAAUUUAGUAGCGAACAGAAACAAAAUAUGGUUCUUCCCAAAUCAUCUUUAUUCCGAAUAAAUCCUCAUAAUUUACGCCUUGUUAUACUUUCUGCUGGUCGACGUGAAAUUCCUGGAUAUGAUGUUGAAAAGAAGCGACUUUCACAGGUGAACUGGUUAUAUCCGAGUUCAAGGCCUAAUUUUGCCGAAUGCUGGCGUUUUCGUCUUAGUCAAAUACGAAUGAAUAGCUUUCAAAAAGAUAAUCAUAACAACAAUAUCUCAUUUGGUUUAGAUUUGGCUAAUUUUGCUUUACUUUUACGUACAUUAUGGCAUUGUAUUCGAUGGGAUGAUAUAAUGGUUGAACCAGAUAAAGAUAUAUGUGUUCAUGAUUCCAAUGGGAGACCUUGUUUUAAAAAAACUUUAAAUAUUGAUGACGAUGACGACGAUAUUGAUCUUAGUGGUGUUUCAGGCAGAUAUGAUGAUAAUAAGCCUUAUAGCGUAAGGCGUAUAGUUGAAAUUCAACCUCUUGAUCGAUUUUGGCUACAGGCUAAUUAUAAAGUUCGUAUAACUACAACUUAUCCAAGCCGUUCAAAUUCUAGUCGCAGGCGUAAAGCUACAGAUCCAUCUAAUAGAGGUAGAUCUACAAGAGGUCCAUCUCUUCAAGAUUCUCCAGAACCUGAUGAGUCAACUUCUAGGAGAAAAGGAAGACGUGGAGGUCAGAGAAAUGCUCAAGGUGGAAAAGACCCUGACUACGACCCUGCUGUAGAUGAAGGUUGGCGUGUUGGAGUUCCUUGUUCAAAUAGUUCUAGUCGCCGACAAUCGCGCAAUAAUUUUCGUUCUUACGGUCGUUCUAGUCGAGGUUCAUUUUGCGAUUCAGAUGAUGAUGGUGAUCCAGAAUUCUGCGGUGGACGACGUGGUCUCCAGUCACAGCGUAAUGAAGUGUCAAUUGAGGAAAAGUGGAUGUCUGAAGAUGCAGUGUUUUUGUGGGAAAUAAGUGUUUUCAUGAAUUCUUUACUACCGCCGAAAUCCGAUUAUCCUCCUAUUUCAGACAGUGAUGUUUCAAAGAUAGAUCCUAACGAUAAAACUAGUCAGUAUGUCAUUUCCACUCGGCUAGCUUCGCUUCCUCCAGAUUCAAGUUCAAAUGCUUCAACUUCUGCUACUGUCACUACUACUGAAGCUAAUAAAUCAUUAAUUUCUCCAUCAAAUAUUGAAGGAUAUGUUGAAAAAAAUGGCUUUUUAUAUGAUGGUGGUCAACCUAAUGGAUUUCUGUUGAAUAGCUCUUCCUCACGCUCACGUUCUACUUUAGCUUCAGCCCUUCAAUCUGGCCGUAUGUCAGUAAAUUCUAGAAGUCGAAGUGAUGAUCGUUCAGCGAGUAAUAAUAAUAGUAUUCCACGUCCUCUUUCACCGAAUACAUUAGAAGCGAAAGCUAGAGCUCGUUCGAUUGCGGCAACAAAUGCUGCUAGAGCAUCGGUUGCAGCUAGACGUGCAAGGUUUGAACGCGCUUUGUUAGAACAACGUGUACGCUCACUGAAAUCACAAUUUUGUUCACGUAAACGUUUAAUAUUCAAUUGGGCCAAAUCACUUGCUGAUAUUGCUGUUAAUGAAAUCAAAGGAGCACAACAAAUCUCUAAGGCAGAUAAAUUUAAUGAGAAUUCUUCAAAAAAAUUAGAACAAUCAUCAACACAUCCUCAUCAUCAAACCGGUGAAAAAUUACUGACACAAAAAAGUCGAUCUAAUAUUGUUAAUCAACUUAAUAAAUCAUCAUCAUCAACAUUAAUACCAAAAAAGAAAAUUGGACGUCCUAGUAAAACCAAAAAUGAUACCACCAUCACUACUACUACUACUACUGCUAUUACAAAUAAAAAGAAUGAUGUUCAUCAUAAACGUACAAAACGAAAAAUUACUCCGACAUUUUCAUCAUCAUCACCAACAUCAUCAUUAUCUUCUAGUGAUGAUGAAAAUAAAAAUCCUUAUUUAAUUAAUAAUAAUAAACCAAUUAAUCAAUCUGAAUUAUUAGCAAAUAAUCGUAUUCCACGAAAAAGUGCAUUAAAUCAUGAAUUUAUUAAAUUAUCUAAAUCAUAUAAUAAAACUACAAUAAAACAAUCUUCAAAUAGAAUAAACAAUAAAAAUCGUUUAACUAUGAAAUUAUCUAUUAAAUCAUCAAAUAAAUUAUUAACAAAUAAUAAGAAAGAUAGUGAUAAUGAUAAAGAUGAUGACGAUGAUGAUAAUACUACUACUAUUACUACUCAUAGUUCUUGUUCUACUGCAAGUACAUCACCUGGUUUAGGUGAUGAUUAUGAAAAUAAUAUUUGUCAACAGAAAUCAACAGCUUCAAGUAAGACCAGUCGUUCAUCUGGUACAAAAACAAAGAGAUUGAAACAGGAGUCUACAAAUUCAGAUGCUAGUGAACACAAUUAUAAUGUUACAGGAUCAAUGAAAUCACCAAAAUCAUCUUCUGUAGGUCAGGGUGGUUCUAAGCGAGGAAGUAGUAGUACUAGUGGCACUGGACGUAGUAAUAAAGGAGGAGGCCGUGCCAAGUUCUCUGAAAAAUCUGACAGAAACGAAACACAAAUCGAAUCAAUUACUAAUGUUUUACAGGAUGUAUCUUCUAAUUCUUCAGUGUAUUGUGUUUGUAAAACUCCGUAUAAUCCAUCAAGGGAAUAUAUCGGUUGUGAUCUUUGUCGAGAUUGGUUUCAUUUUGAAUGUGUUGGUUUAGAUCCUAAAGAUUCUGAUAAAUUAGGUGAUUCUUGGCAUUGUCCUGAUUGCAAACAAGCUGAAUUGAAAGCUAAUGAAAUGCUUUAUUGUGUUUGUCGUACACCAUAUGAACCAACGAGAGUAUAUAUUGCUUGUGAUGGUUGUGAUGAAUGGUAUCAUCCUGAAUGCGUUGGUUUAACACCUGAACAAGCUGUUAAUCAUACAGAUACAUAUCUUUGUCCAACUUGUUGUCAACUAUCACAACAUAAAACGAAUAUUACUACGAAAUCGUCUGGUAAAUCGAAAAAGUCGAAAGGAUCUAACAAUAACCAUAAUGCAGUUACUGUUGUUGACCAAACUGGUGCUACGAAAACUAUUUAUGAAACUAACCUAACUUCAGAUAGAAUAAAGAAAUUAAUUAAUUUAAUUGAAGAAAUUAAACAACAUAAAAUGUCAUGGCCAUUUAUUCAUAGUCCGGAUCCUUUGAAAUUUCCAAUUGCUAAGUCUUUAGAUGAUGCAUUUAAUCUUCCCUCCGUUAUAAUAAAUUUAAAAACUGAUGUUUACAAAACUUUGGGAGAUUUCUCAUUUGAUAUGAAUCGUCUAUUCACUAAUUCACGUUUAAUCUAUCCAAAAGAUACACCAGAAUUUAAUUGUACCGAAAUUGUUGAAGCAUUAUUUGUUCAAAAAAUGAAACAAUUUAAAGAAGAGAAUUUAUAA